CGCGUUUGGUUGCAAACUGUAAACAAAACGACAAAGAAGAAUCUGUUUAGAGCGGAGCAGCCAGACCUCAGCUAGCUAUCUACUGUGUGAAACACUGGAGAUUAUUCAGUAUUCACCUAUACAUCUAACGUUUCAUCCGCCAGUCAGCGGGAUUUAAUCUAACCUAAUCUUAACUACAAACACAGGAUCUCUAACUGUCCUUGAACAGAGCCCAGAGAUGGCAGAAAACACAGAACAAAACGAGGCAAAGCAUGACAACUCAUCAUCACCUGGAGUGGCGGACCAAGAGAAAGAAAUGGCAGCCAGUGCAUAUGAAGCGUUUUCGACCGGGAAGUACGACGAGUCUCUCAAACAACUUGAAACCCUGCAUGAGCUCAACAAAGAGGACUAUAAGAUCGCCUUGAAUAAAGCUGUCGUAGAGUUUUACAAAAGCAGUCAAACUACCACAGGGACUCUGAAGCAGACACUAAUGGCAAUGAAGAACCAGGUUCACACAUCAGCGGAGGACAUUGAAGGGUUGGAUGAUGUUGAAAAUAGCUUGCUGUACUAUAACCAAGCCAUCAUCCACUAUCAUAUGCGACAGUACUCUGAAGCCAUCGCCAUAGGAGAGAGGCUCUACCAGUUUCUGGAACCAUUUGCAGAGAAGUUUGCUCAGGCUGUGUGCUUCCUGCUGGUGGAUCUGUACCUGCUCACCUUCCAGCCAGAGAAGGCCCUCCACCUGCUGGCUGUGCUGGACAAACUCUCUGUACAAGGAAGCAACAAGAACGGCAAAGGAGAGAGCAACACUUCCAACAAAGACGGAGCAAACCAGAGGGCAGAGUUCACGGCCAUGAUCGAGGCAGCCAAAUCAAAGAUGCACCAGUACAAAGUGAGAGCCUACAUUCAGAUGAAAUCCUCCAAGGCCUGUAAAAGGGAGAUCAAAUCAGUGAUGAACACAGCGGGGAACUCUGCACCCUCACUGUUCCUCAAGAGUAAUUUUGAGUACCUGAGAGGAAACUACCGGAAAGCAGUGAAGCUAUUGAACAGCUCCAACAUCGCAGAGCAUCCCGGACCCAUCAAGACGGGUGAAUGUGUUCGAUGUAUGUUCUGGAACAAUCUGGGCUGCAUUCACUUCGCAAUGGGGAAACAUAACCUCGGCAUUUUCUACUUCAAGAAGGCGCUGCAAGAGAACGACCACACCUGCGCACAGCUGGGCGACGGCAGUAGCGGGCAAUCUAAGAAGUUCACAGGUAUCCCCAUGUGUGCUCUACUAGCCAACAAGCGCUAUGAGCUGCUGUAUAACUGUGGUAUUCAGCUGCUGCACAUCGGCAGGCCUCUGGCAGCUUUCGAGUGUCUGAUGGAGGCCGUGCAGGUUUACCACUCCAACCCCAGACUGUGGCUGCGACUGGCAGAGUGCUGCAUCUCUGCUAACAAAGGGGGGUCGGAGCAGGAGAGCAAAGGUUUACCUUGUAAAAAAGGUAUAGUUCAGUCUAUUGUCGGGCAAGGCUACCAUCGCAAGAUCGUCUUGGCCUCCCAGUCCACCCAGAACACUAUCUACAGUGAGGGCCAGUCAGCAGCCAUCCCAGUAGCCAGUAUGGAGUUUGCCGCCAUCUGCCUGAGGAACGCUCUGCUGCUACUGCCUGAACACCAGCAGCAGGACAGCAAGACAGAGAACGGCUCCAAGAGCUCCAGUCAGUCAGGAAGCACCGAGAGCGGCAGCGAGAACAGUGACGCCUGCAGUGGGAAAGGUCAGGAGGCUGAUAAGUUCCUGUCUGCAGCUCCAUCGUCUCCUCUCAGAAAACAGGAGGUAGAAAACCUCAGGUGCUCCAUCCUGGCCUGUAGUGCCUAUGUGGCGUUAGCACUGGGAGACAACCUGAUGGCUCUAAACCACGCUGAGAAACUGCUCCAUCAAACCAAGGUGUCUGGAUCCCUCAAGUUCCUGGGUCACCUCUACGCUGCUGAAGCCCUCAUUUCAUUGGACAGGAUCUCUGACGCUAUCGCUCACCUCAACCCAGAGAAUGUCAGCGACGUGUCAAUGGGAGUGCUGACCAGCGAGCAAGACCAAGGUUCUGACAAAGGAGAUGAGCCCGUCGAGUCCUCAGGGAAGCAGACUCCCCUGUGUUACCCCAGCAGUGUGACAGCAGCUCGGGCCAUGAUGCUCUUCAACCUGGGCAGCGCCUACUGUUUGAGGAGCGAGUAUGAGAAGGCCCGCAAGUGCCUGCAUCAGGCUGCAUCUAUGGUGAACACCAAGGAGAUUCCACCUGAAGCCAUCCUGCUGGGAGUCUACUUAGAGCUACAGAACGGAAACACCCAGCUGGCCCUGCAGAUCAUCAAACGGAACCAGCUGCUGCCCACGGCGGUCCAGAGGGUCUCCCCAGACUCCCGCAAGAAACCCGUCCAGCCCUUCCAGUCUGUCCAGCCCAUCCAGCUGCCCUCACCCUUCACACAGGUUCAGCGCAAAUGAGCCUUCGUUCGCAGCCACCUCUAAUCCCCCCCAGCCAUCCACACACCCUCACCCCCCUCCACAACACACACACCCCCCAGAGGAGCCUUGAUAUUUAUAAAGCUGCUUCCCCUCAGCACCAGGAGCCGUUUGAAAUGCAGGUGUGGCUGCUGACUGAUGAGGAGAGAGGACAUUCAGCAGCAGCGGUACCCGUGGACUGAGACCAGCUGACUGUUUUAUUUCCAUUUGAAUGAGGAAUCUGUGUGUUGUCUGAACAAUGAAAAUAAAUUUUAUUUACUGUACAA